AUUUUCUCUUAUUCAGUUCAUACGAAUUCUGAUUUGAAAUGGCUUUGAAGUUUUUAGCACUUACUCUGUUGAUUGCCGCUGUAUGCGCUCAACAACAGCAAUCAGCAUUAGGCCCUCAACUUAUUCAACAACAAGCUCAAGCAAAUCCUAACACUCAGCAAAACCAACAACAACAAAACAGAGACCAAAAUCAACAAAAUAAUCAACAACAGAACCAACAAAGUCAUAACGAACAGCAACAAAAUCACGAACAAGCUGACAGAUACGAACAUGAUCCUCAAUACGAUUACAGUUACAUCGUUCAAGACAAUCUUACCGGAGACAAUAAACAACAAGAAGAAUCUCGUCGAGGAGGUCGUGUUCGUGGGCAAUAUUCCUUAAUUGAUGCUGAUGGCUUCCGUCGUAUUGUUGACUAUCGCGCUGAUGAUCAUACAGGUUUCAACGCUGAAGUUCGUCGUGAACCAAUUGGGCAUGGAAGAAUUCAUCAACGCAUCGAACAAAGAAUCGAACAAAUUGAUCGUCAACAACACGAGCAACGUCAAAAUGAUCAUCAUCAACAACAAAAUAACCAACAAAACCAUAAUAACCAACAACAAAAUCAUAACAACCAACGUCAAACCAUUGAACAAACUCGUCAAUCUAUCCAAAAUACCAUCCAACGUAUCGAAGUUCCCGUUUUUCAAGCCUUCCCUCGUUCAGUUUACACAGUCCAAGAAUUCGUCGCUCCUUCUUACUCAGCUGUUCGUCAAUCUGUUCACACAAAUAGACAAGAUGACAAUCAACAAAACAACCAACAGCAAGCUCAACAACAUCAAGAGAGCCGAUAUCAAGCACGUCUUACUUUCCGAUCUCCCGGAAUCAACUAUCAAUACUAAACUCAAAGCUUUUCGAAACGAAAGCUCAUCAAAGCUGAAAACAUUCAUCUGAUGUGAAGUUAUUUGAACUUAAAUGAAGUUAUCUCUCCUCAUCCUUAAAAACUUAUUAACUACUAUGGACGAAGCUUAUACUGAAAUUUAUCAAACUUUCUAUAAAGGCUAAAAUCCUUUUGGAAAGUAAAAAUCUAAUUUAUUAAAAUAGAGAUGUUUGAAAUAAAUUUUUGA